GGGGUCGGGGUCGGGACCAGAGCAGCGUGGAGGGGAGCGAGGAGGAGCGAGAGGUGGAGGAGAGGAAUGUGGGAGCAGUCGAUGAGGAGGGCCGGAGUUAAUGUUCGCCAUUUGUGCCGCCGGGGGAGAUCUUGACAGAAAGAAAGGAAGAAAAGCUUCGAGGGAGGAGUGGGCAUUGUAUAAUCGAUCUUGGUCGGCUGGUCCGAUCUUUGGAUUAGUGCGUAAGUUGCCUUUUGUUGUAGCCCCACGGCCCCGUCCCUUCUGGUUACAAUUGUCUUUCCUGUUUCUUGAUUAUUCUGUCCGCCCGGAAAUCGGUCCUGCAAUUUUUCUGUUCUCGUGCGGCGUCAGUUUUGGGAGCUGAGUUCGGUUGGUGCCGAAGACAUUUAUAUAAGGAGUCCGUGCCUGAGUGGAAGCAAUGGCAAUUUGUCUGGGAGACAGUUGCAGAUCAUCGAUCUACAGUUCGAGCGAGCUCUGAGAGACAGACGGCGGGUCGGGAUUGUGUGCUUGGACAGUGUUUGCAGAGUCGCGGUGGUACUGGAUCCCCCGACUCGUCAGCAAUUUGGCUGGCUUCCGGGGUCUUGCUCUCUGCCACGCAAGUCAUUAACAUCUGCUGCACUACUCUGAUGAGCUCAUUCGUUGUACGAUAGGCAUUCCCUGUGACUGGCAAUCACUAUUGCCGAUGGAUGCUGCCGCCUUCGUCCUUUGAUCGCUCACCGAAGCGAAUGAUAUCUUUAAGAAAACUGGCUCUAUGGACUGACGCGGAAGACGAAGAUCCCUUGUUUCACUCAAUGGAAGGAUUCAAUAUGUCUUGAGCAAACGAAUGCAGGGGAAUGGGAGACCCGGUAAUCCAGGGAUGAGAGCAGGGUUAAGCAUCAAGACCUGAUUGAGGAUGGGAGCUGUCUAGAUUUCAAGCAGGUGAUAUCUGCGACGCCCAGUCCACUCUGAGUACCAGACAGCGGUGACUGACGAUCUGGAUAGAUUCUGGCUGUACAUUCUGCAGUGCAAAAGCAGGGCAGUGAUCUGUGUGACGUUCUUCAUGUACUCAGCGAUUUUACGAGUGCCAUCGUUCUCCGGACAUCGAUUGAGGCCAUUUGGUGGAGCAAAAUCCAACAGAUGAUGGGACAGAGCUAAACACGUAUUCUUGUGUUUGAAGUCAGUCAUCUACGAACGGGUUUUAUUCGGGCCGUCAAUCUUGGCCGGUUGCGGCGUACAUUGACUUCACCUCAAAGUCGAGCAAUUAUCUUGGAGAAUUUGCCCACCAUCGGAGCAGAACCUUUGUCACUCUAAGAUGACAAUGGCCCCUAGGAGUGUAAGUUGGAACCCACUCUCAGGUUCCGAGAGUCAAGAUGAAGCUAAGCUGACAGUAGACGACGGGACCAAGGGCUUGAACGGAACGAUUAAUGGGACCAUGAACGGCACCAUCAAUGGACCAAUUUCACAGACGUCUCCAGUCAACGGUGGUAUCCGUCGAGCUCACAGCAAUAGGACGUUAGGUCGUCCAGGAAACUUGAGCGAUGACGAUGUGGAAUUGGGAGGGGAACGAGAUACCUUGCUACCACGAGAGAAACCUUCCGUCCGAGAACAGCAUCCGUUGUUGAAAUCUCGCAACCAGUCACUCAUAUCAGGCGUCGCCUACUGCCUCUCAUCGUGCAGCAUGAUCUUGCUCAACAAGGUUGUUUUAUCGGGAUACAACCUCAAUGCAGGAAUUUCCUUGAUGUUUUAUCAGAAUCUGAUCAGUGUUUUGGUAGUAUAUCUUCUCAAUGGGUUGGGGCUAAUAGUCACUGAGCCAAUCACCUGGAGACUAGUGAAAGUCUGGCUCCCAGUGAAUUUUCUCUUCGUUGGUAUGCUUGUGUCAAGUAUCUUCAGUUUGCGACUCAUGAACGUAGCGAUGGUGACAAUUUUGAAAAACGUUACCAACCUUAUCACUGCAGUGGGUGAAAUUUACUUUUUCAACAAGCAUCAUAACAGCAAGGUUUGGCUUUCACUUAUUGUGAUGGUCCUUUCCGCUGUGAGUGGAGGAGUCACUGAUCUGUCUUUCCAUGGAAAGGGAUAUACUUACCAGAUUAUCAACUGCUUUUGUACAGCAGCCUACUCGUUGAGGCUAAGGAAGGUGAUGGAUCUGGCAAAGAAGAAAACAAACUCGGGAACACUUAAUGAGUUUUCGAUGGUGUUGCUAAACAAUCUGCUCUCUCUCCCAUUGGGCCUUAUCCUCAUUUGCGCUUUUGAAACUCAAACUCUGUUCAACUCACCUGCCCUCAAGAUUCCAAUGUUCUGGGUUGUGAUGACAUUAAGUGGGCUCCUUGGACUCGCCAUCAGCUUCACAUCCAUGUGGUUCAUGCAUCAGACUUCACCUACUACUCACAGCUUAGUGGGUUCUUUAAAUAAGAUUCCACUUUCUCUUGCGGGUAUCGUUCUCUUCAGAGUUCCAACCAGCUUUGCAAACCUUAUCAGCAUCUUCUUUGGUCUCUUUGCUGGAGUUCUUUUUGCCCGGGCGAAAAUGUCCUCGUAACAGGAUAGGCGCCCCGAAUGUAUAUUGUUACAAUAUCUGAGUAGCACAUUCUUUGCUGUUCAUUAGCAGGGGUCAACUAGUCACGAGUUAGAACAUUCUGAGAUUAGGUCCUCAUUCAUUUUUUGACACUGCAACCUUAUGGUUGUUGUGGGGUCCUCAAUAAGGCAAAACCCCUUCUUAAUUUGAUAGAUCACGUCUUGUGUGUGGCCUUGUCGGUCAUGCACAGCGGAAGCCAUGUUCCCUGGUUGAGUCGUGUAGGUGUAGAAGACCCAUGAAGGUCGUAGGAUUGCUCACACUGGUGAAGCCUAGACAAAUUUAUGUGUCGCAGCCCACUGAAUUGUGCGGCACAGGUGCUGUAAUUUAUUAAAGCUGAGCAAAUAUUGAGACCAAUGCCAGUCUGGUCUCUUUCAUCAGUAACUGACUGGGAAUAGCAUUGUAGCCUUGUUCUACAAAAGUGACGACGCCUUGGGUCGAACUCUAUUCUACUGUCAGCACCUC